AUGGCGGAAAGGGCACUAGGGUUGAAGGAAGGAAGAGGAUCAGGAAUGUCGUUGAGCCAGGGCUGGAGAUGGCUGGUCGCCAAGACCAGGGAUUCCAAGCCAUUUUUCUUAACAUUCGCUACUGUAUGUGGCGUCGUCCCUGCAGUAUUUGGCUAUUUCGUCAUGCAGGUUACCAAUUCCACCAAUCCUGAACUCGAAGCGAAGCUGCGCCAGUCGGCGCGAUCCGAAACCAUGAUGAUGGGAAAGGUUAAUAAAGAAAGGCUGGGAGAGUUUCUGGAGGAACUGAAGAAUAAAGAAGAUACAAAUGACAGAUAUGUUGCGGCACUAAAGGGAGAGACUCUUAUUCGAAAACCGUAUGAGAGAAUUCAACAAGUCCCAAACCCAAAUGCCACUGAAGUCCAAAACAAACAAAAACUAUGAGUUUGCUGUUGGUAUGCAUUCUACGACGACUUUUACCAAGUUAUUAAGCUGGAGUUCUUCCAUUGGUUAUGGCUUCUCACACUUUGCCUGGUUAUAGUUUCUAUUUAAUUUUGCCAUGUGAUAUCUUCAUAUCCUUAGUUUCAGUGAAGUAUUAAAGUAGUUCUCGGCCAAGAAAAUGAAACUUCGCCUUAUGAUCUUUUAGCGAGAAAUGUUAUGGCACUGUGAAUAUGGUUUUUGGCGCAAUACAUGAAGUCUUUUCUUUGCAUACAACAUUUUGUGGGACUUUACAUUUCCAUAUUUUUCUUGAAGUUGUAAUAAGCAUAACUCGAAUGGCUAGAGAAACACUGUAUUUAAUCAAAGCAUCGCGAUGAUUUUUACAAUCGAAUGUUAGUCCGUAGACAUAUACAUCU